GAGGGCUCUCAGGUCGUUGGGGCCGCAGGGCCGGCCCUGGAUCGCAGAUGAAGGGGGCGGGGGUUGGAGUGGGUGUGUGUGCGCACCCACCGGGCGUGUGCAUGUGUGGGAGUGUACAUGCGUGUAGGUGCACUGUCUUGCGUGUGCGCACAAGUGUGCGGAUGUCAGUGGCCUCGGAACUCCAGGCUGGUCUGGUCUAGUGAGCAGCAAGGCCGGAAGCCAGCCCCUUCAACGGGUUUGCUUUCUGGGGUAGCGGACUACGGGGGUCCGGUCCGAGCCCCGUGGGAGGCUCCCGGAGCGCAGAUCGGCAGAGCCUACCCGCGCCGGCGGCCAUGGCGGGCACCCUGGACCUGGACAAGGGCUGCACGGUGGAGGAGCUGCUCCGUGGUUGCAUCGAAGCCUUUGUUAGAUGACUCCGGGAAGGUGCGGGACCCGCAGCUGGUGCGCAUGUUCCUUAUGAUGCACCCCUGGUACAUCCCUUCCUCUCAGCUGGCGGCCAAACUGCUCCACAUCUACCAACAAUCCCGGAAGGACAACUCCAGCUCGCUGCAGGUGAAAACAUGCCACUUGGUCAGGUACUGGAUCUCAGCAUUCCCAGCGGAGUUUGACUUGAAUCCUGAGCUUGCUGAGCAGAUCAAGGAGCUGAAGGCUCUUCUAGACCAAGAAGGGAAUCGCCGGCACAGCAGCCUCAUCGACAUCGAGAACGUCCCCACCUACAAGUGGAAGCGGCAGGUGACCCAGCGGAACCCCGUGGAACAGAAGAAGCGCAAGAUGUCCCUGCUGUUUGACCACCUGGAGCCCUUGGAGCUGGCGGCACAUCUCACCUACUUGGAAUAUCGCUCCUUCUGCAAGAUCCUGUUCCAGGACUAUCACAGUUUCGUGACUCACGGCUGCACGGUGGACAACCCUGUCCUGGAGCGAUUCAUCUCCCUCUUCAACAGUGUCUCGCAGUGGGUGCAGCUGAUGGUUCUCAGCAAACCCACAGCCCCUCAGCGGGCGGUGGUCAUCACACACUUCGUCCACGUGGCAGAGGAACUCCUGCAGCUGCAGAAUUUCAACACGCUGAUGGCAGUGGUCGGGGGCCUGAGCCACAGCUCCAUCUCCCGCCUCAAGGAGACCCACAGCCACGUGAGCCCGGAGACCGUCAAGCUCUGGGAAGGUCUGACGGAACUAGUGACGGCCACUGGCAACUAUGGCAACUACCGGCGCCGGCUGGCAGCCUGCGUGGGUUUCCGCUUCCCCAUCCUGGGUGUUCACCUCAAGGACCUGGUGGCCCUGCAGCUGGCGCUGCCGGAUUGGCUGGACCCCGCCCGGACCCGACUCAACGGGGCCAAGAUGAAGCAGCUCUUCAGUAUCCUGGAGGAGCUGGCCAUGGUGACCAGCCUCCGGCCCCCGGUGCAGGCCAACCCUGACCUGCUGAGCCUGCUGACGGUGUCUUUGGAUCAAUAUCAGACAGAGGAUGAGCUCUAUCAGCUGUCCCUGCAGCGGGAACCGCGCUCCAAGUCCUCGCCAACCAGCCCAACCACCUGCACGCCGCCUCCCCGGCCCCCGGUGCUAGAGGAGUGGACCUCGGCUGCCAAACCCAAGCUGGAUCAGGCGAUCAUGGUGGAGCACAUUGAGAAGAUGGUGGAGUCUGUGUUCCGGAACUUUGACGUCGAUGGGGACGGCCACAUCUCACAGGAGGAGUUCCAGAUCAUCCGUGGGAAUUUUCCUUAUCUCAGCGCCUUUGGGGACCUCGACCAGAACCAGGACGGCUGCAUCAGCAAGGAGGAGAUGGUCUCCUACUUCCUGCGCUCCAGCUCUAUGCUGGGCGGCCGCAUGGGCUUCGUACACAACUUCCACGAGAGCAACUCCUUGCGCCCGGUCGCCUGCCGCCACUGCAAGGCCCUGAUCCUGGGCAUCUACAAGCAGGGUCUCAAAUGCCGAGCCUGUGGUGUGAACUGCCACAAGCAGUGCAAGGAUCGUCUGUCAGUUGAGUGCCGGCGCCGGGCCCAAAGUAUGAGUCUGGAGGGGUCUGCACCCUCUCCCUCACCCACACACACCCACCAUCGCGCCUUCAGCUUCUCCCUGCCCCGCCCUGGCAGACGAGGCUCCCGGCCUCCAGAGAUCCGAGAGGAGGAGGUUCAGACGGUGGAGGACGGCGUGUUUGACAUCCACUUGUAAUUGAUGCUGUGACUGGAUGAAGCACUCAUGCCUGCCUUGGAGAAAAGACUUGGACCAGAGCAGGGGGCCUGGGGUGCUGAGGCAGCAGGCUGGGGCUGGGGGGAGGGGCAUGAGGGUAGCAUGUGGCUGAGGGCAGGGCCAGGACUGGUGUCCCUAAGAUUGUACAGACUCUUGUGAAUAUUUGUACUUUCCAGAUGGAAUAAAAAGGCCCGUGUAAUUAACCUGGA